AUGGACACUGGCCCGUUUUGUCGUCGCAGGGCUUGUUGGGCACUGCGCCGAUCGGGUGACAGCGACACUCUGGCGCACGGCCAAAAACGCAUACAAGGGAGUGUGAACCGAGCCGGGUGGGGUCGGAUCGGAUCCGGUCGGUUCGGGUCAUUUCCAGUCAGUUCAUGUCGGGUCGGGUCGGAAAGAGACAAUCAUACGACCGCUGCUCCGAGCCCGCACUUAAAGCCUCCUCGAUUCUGUACCGCCGUGGCACGCAACUACAAAAUGCCCACUCCCUGUCACACUCUACAAAAUGGCAGUGUCUAUGAAGAAUCUUCAGUCGCCUCACGUCAAUGUACAAACUGCACGGCCUGGAUCUACCACAUACACAAUCCCACACCCUCUCUCCUGUCCACUUCGUGCCCGAUGCCAAUGGCCGAGUUGGUUGUUGGCAAAGACCUCACCAGAAAAUCCGCUUCUGGCAGGCCAUGGGGUCAAUGUGCUGCUCGUUUUAUGCCAAAAUCGCCUCUAUCCCCGACACGAGAACAGACUUGGCGCUCUGAAAGUGAACGGGUGCCAGAAAUCAUGCACAUACAUGAAGCGUGA